AUGACAUUGUCUCCCUCCAUUCCUCAUCUCCGGCAGACAGGGUCUGCCACCCAGCUUAUCGUUCAUGGCAAGCCGUUUCUCGCCCUUGCUGGUGAGCUGCAGAACUCUUCUAUGACCUCGGCUGAGUUUAUGGAACCUGCUUGGCAGAAGCUUGUCGAUACAAAUGUCAAUACCGUGCUCGGGUGUGUCACCUGGGAAGAUCUGGAGCCUGUUGAGGAUCAGUUUAAUUUUGCUGAAGUGGACAAGGUAAUUCUGGGCGCAAGGAAGCAUGGCUUGCACCUAGUAUUAUUGUGGUUUGGAUCAUUCAAGAACGGUAUCUCCACCUAUGUCCCGUCAUGGGUCAAGACCAACACCAGAAGAUUCCCGCGAGCAAAGCUGCGACAAGCCGGCGGCGUGCUAAAGACUGGUGACCUCCUGUCGAUCUUCCACGAAGAAGGCGUCAGAGCAGAUGCAAAGGCCUUUGCACGUCUUCUAAGCCACCUGAAAGAGGUAGAUGGCGCACACUCUACUGUACUCAUGGUGCAGGUCGAGAAUGAGACAGGUCUUCUAGGCGAUUCUCGAGACGGGUCUGCCGCAGCAGAGAAGCGCUUUAUCGAACCAGUGCCGACAGAUCUCCUGCAAUUCCUUGUCCAAGAUUGGGACCACCUUCACCCGGACCUAAAAGCAAACUUGACCCAUCUCAAGUCACAAACAACUCGAUCCGGAACAUGGACACAAGUCUUCGGUGAAGGCCCACACACAGACGAGCUGUUUAUGGCAUAUCACUAUGCGAAAUACGUCAACCAGGUCGCCUCAGCCGGUAAAAAUGAGUAUCCUCUCCCACUCUAUACAAAUGUCUGGCAAAACUACGUCGACAAGGACGGUGACAACGACUUCCCCGUCGUAGUCGGCGGAGGCGGCAAUCCAGGCGAUUACCCGUCGGGGGGAGGCACCAGCAAUGUCCUCGAUAUUUGGCAGCAGUUUGCGCCGUCACUGGAUUUCAUCGCGCCAGAUGUCUACCUAAAUGACUACAGCAGUUCCUGUCACAAAUACCGCCACCGAAACCAACCGCUGUUCAUUCCCGAGCAACGACGUGAUGAGUACGGUGCGAGACGGAUCUGGGUGGCUUAUGGAUCGUAUCAAGCUAUUGGGGUCUCCCCCUUUGGUAUUGAUACGCAGGUGCCCGCUACAAAUCCAUUCACCAAACAUUACGGCCUGUUGCAGUCUGUGGCUCCGCUGGUGCUCGAGGCGCAAACUCGUCCCGAUGCCUCCGUUGGGUUUUACUUUGAUGAGUUGUCAGGAGAUGGGGGUAACGUUGAUACCUCCAAGCCGGUGGUCAAGUCAUGGGGUGGCUAUGAGAUCACCAUCGAGCGAUGCUUUGUCUUUGGAAAGCCAGGAUCUGGUGCUGGCAUGGUUAUCCAUCUGGGUGGGCCUCGAUUCCUCUUAAUCGGGUGGGGAUUCCAAGUGCGGGCGAAGGCACUGUCGCCAACAUCGAGUUUCACUGGUUUCCUGACUUUCCGGGAGAAGAAGGUGGUGAACAAAGAGACGGGGGAGCUACGCACGCUGCGAGUGUUGAAUGGGGAUGAGACGCGGAGUGGGAUCUUCGCUAUGAUGCCGAAUGAGGAUCCGGACUACGGCGGGUUCCCGAUCUGUGUGACCGUGCCUGCCCAUACUAUGAUUGCCGAGUUGGAAGUAUACUCGAUCGAGAAGGUGGACGAUGUGUAA